GAGAACGCGGGAGCGAGCGAGAACGAGCGAGGGAGAGAACCGGACGAAGGAGGACGUGGAGUGUCAGCUCCCAGCUCCGGGGGGCUCCUCAGCAGAAGAGAGGCAGGAUGAGCAGCCCGUGUCUGCUGCGAGCCGUUCCUGCUCCCCUCAGCCAGCCCCGGCUCCGAGAGGUCAACAUCAGCCUGAAGAGCAGCCGGGACAGCGCCCCCACCAGGACCAGCGGCCCGGGGGGCCGGGAGCCCGGCGUACGGCCUCCGGCCCCAGGGAAGGAGGCCUCUCCACGGGCCAGUCUGAGCAGUGGCACCGGUAUCAGCCGCAGUAAGAGCACCCCUCCGGUCCACCGGGCCCAGCGCACCGAUGCCAGGAAGACGGGCCGCGCCGAGGGUCGAGGCAGGCUGGAGCCACAGCACCAACCAGAGAGGAACGGGACCCUCUUGGUCAUCUCUCCGCCGGGACAGCCCGCUGGGAUCUGUCCUCUCCCCUCCUCCUCAACCUCCUCCUGCACCCAGGGACGGCACCAGCCCUCUCCUCCGCGCCUCCCCCCUCCUUCCUCCUCGACCUCCUCUUCCAGGAGCAUGAAGAAAGCACGCUGGCUUAGUUUCAGCACCUCCAACAUCUGCUUCAACACCAUCCUGGACGGACGCUUCAGGCAGCUGCAAGAUGAGCGUGAGGCAGUCCAGAAGAAGACCUUCACUAAGUGGGUGAACUCAAUUCUAUCCAGGGUCAGCUGUCGCAUCUCCGACCUGUACUUGGACCUGAGGGAUGGACGCAUGCUCAUCAAACUGCUGGAGGUCCUGUCAGGGGAGCGUCUGCCCAAGCCUACUAAGGGUCGAAUGAGGAUCCACUGUCUGGAAAACGUGGACAAGGCCCUCCAGUUCCUCAAAGAACAGCGGGUCCACCUGGAGAACAUGGGCUCCCAUGACAUUGUUGACGGCAACCACCGACUCAUCCUGGGUCUCAUCUGGACCAUUAUCCUCCGGUUCCAGAUUCAAGACAUCGUAGUGGAGACGGGUCAGGCAGACCAGAAGGAGACUCGCUCGGCGAAGGACGCCCUGCUGCUCUGGUGCCAGAUGAAGACCGCCGGCUAUCCCAAUGUAAACAUCACUAACUUCACCACUAGCUGGAAGGACGGCAUGGCUUUCAAUGCUCUCAUACACAAACACCGGCCAGAUCUGGUAGACUAUAACAGAUUGAAAAGGUCCAACCCCACCCACAACCUGCAGAAUGCCUUCAACGUAGCAGAGCAGAAGCUUGGCGUGGACAAACUGUUAGACCCAGAAGAUGUGUUCACGGAGAACCCCGAUGAGAAGUCCAUCAUCACAUACGUUGUGGCGUUCUACCACUACUUCUCCAAGAUGAAAGCACUGGCCGUGGAGGGAAAGAGAGUUGGCAAGGUGCUCGACCACGCCAUUGAAACCGAGAAAAUGAUUGACAAGUACGAGAGCCUAUCAUCUGAGCUGCUGACCUGGAUUGAGCAGACCAUCAUAGUUCUGAACAACCGUAAGCUGGCUAACUCUCUGAGUGGUGUUCAACAGCAGCUGCAGGCUUUCAACUCCUACCGCACCGUUGAAAAACCACCAAAGUUCCAGGAGAAAGGUACCCUGGAGGUUCUGCUCUUCACCAUCCAGAGCCGCAUGAGGGCCAACAACCAGAGGGUGUACACCCCCAAGGAGGGCGCUCUGGUCUCAGACAUCAACAGGGCCUGGGAGCGCCUGGAGCAGGCGGAGCACGAGAGAGAGCGCGUCCUGAGAGAGGAGCUCAUCAGACAGGAGAAGCUGGAGCAGAUGGCCCGCCGCUUCGACAGGAAGGCCGCCAUGAGAGAGACCUGGCUGCUGGAGAACCAGAGACUGGUGGCACAGGACAACUUUGGCUACGACCUGCCGGCGGUGGAGGCGGCCAAGAAGAAGCACGACGCCAUCGAGACGGACAUCGCUGCCUACGCGGAGCGUGUGCAGGCCAUGGUGGCCAUCUCCAAGGAGCUGGAGUCUGAGCGCUACCACGACGCCAAGCGCAUCGACGUACGCAAGGACAACAUCCUGCGCCUGUGGGAUUACCUGCAGGAGCUGCUGAAGGCCCGCAGGGGGCGCCUGGACAAAAACCUGACCCUACAGAAGAUCUUCCAGGAGAUGUUGUACAUCAUCACCUGGAUGGAUGACAUGAAGGCUCGUCUGUUGUCUCCGGACUUCGGGAAGCACCUGUUGGAGGUGGAGGACCUGCUCCAGAAGCACGCUCUGGUGGAAGCUGACGUCGCCGUGCAGGCUGAGAGGGUGCAGAACGCCAACGCGGCUGCCCUCAAGUUCGCUAAUGGAGACAGCUACAAGCCGUGCGACCCUCAGGUGAUCCGGGACCGCGUGCAGCACCUGGAUCUGUGUUACCAGGAGCUGUGCGCCCUGGCUGCACAGCGCAAGGCCCGUCUGGAGCAAUCCCGGCGCUUCUGGAACUUCCUGUGGGAGAUGGCGGAGCUGGAGAGCUGGAUCAAGGAGAAGGAGAACAUCUUUUCCUCCCUGGACUAUGGCAAGGACCUGACCAGUGUCCUGGUGCUGCAGAGCAAGCACAGUGCCUUCGAGGAUGAGCUGGGGGCCAGGAGGGCCAACCUGCAGCAGGUGCUGGACGAGGGCGACAAGAUGAUCCAGGCCAAGCACUUCGGCAGCCCCAAGGUCCACGAGCGCAUGGAGGACGUGCAGAGGCAGUGGCAGCAGCUGGAAGAGCUGGCCGCCUUCCGGAGGCAGAACCUCCAGGACACCCAGAGGUUCUUCCAGUUCCAGGGGGACGCCGACGACCUCAAGGCCUGGCUGCUGGAGGCCAAGAGGCAGACGAGCAGCGAGGAUGUGGGCCACGACGAGUACACCACCCAGAGGCUGCUCAAGAGGCACCGCAACCUGAGCGACGAGGCCGCCAAGAAUGCCGCCACCAUCGACAGCCUCUCCAGGCAGGCGGCAGCGCUGCCCGAGGAGCUGCGCAACACGCCGGACAUCCAGAGACGUCUGAAAGACAUCAGGGACCUCUACAUGGAGCUGAUGUCCCUGUGCGACCUGAGGAAGAAGAAGCUGAAUGAUACCAUGGCCCUCUACACCAUCUUCAGUGAGACGGACGCCUGCGAGCUGUGGAUGGGCCAGAAGGAGACCUGGCUGGUGGGCUUGGAUGUGCCAAAGAAGCUGGAGGAUUUGGAGGUGGUUCAGAACAGGUUGAGUAUUCUUGCUCAAGAUAUGGCGAAUGUUCAGUCGCGGGUUGACAAUGUCAACAAAGCUGUCAAACAGCUUGAGGACACCAGACAUCCCCGCACCAAGGAGGUAAAGGAAUGUCAGAUGCGCCUGAACAAGAGGUGGGAGGCCUUCAAGGCCAUGGUGGAGGACAAGAAGAGAAGAGUCGACUCCGCCGUCAGCCUCCGCAACUACGGGCUGGACUGUGACGAGAGGGAGGCCUGGAUCAAGGACAAGACGCGGGUCAUCGAGUCGACGCAGGAACUGGGGAACGACCUGGCGGCCGUCAUGACCAUCCAGAGGAAGCUGUUCGGCAUGGAGAGGGACCUGGCCGCCAUCGAAACCAAGCUGACCUUCCUGAGACGCGAGGCGGAGCAGCUGGCCCGCGACCACCCCGACCACGCCGCCGACAUCACGGCGAGACGCGCGGCGCUGGAGGAAGCCUGGGACGCGCUGCGGAGGACGAUGAGGGACCGCGAGGAGUCACUGGGGGAGGUGAGCAAGCUGCAGACCUUCCUCCAGGACAUGGACGACUUCCAGUCCUGGCUCUUCAAGACCCAGAAGGCCGUGGCGUCCGAGGACAUGCCCACCACGCUCCCUGAGGCGGAGCAGCUGCUCAGCCUCCACGACGCCGUGCGCGAGGACAUGAACAACCGCGAGGAGGACUACCACAAGGUGAGGGACACCGGUCGCCAGGUGACCCAGGGCCAGGAGGAUGACCCCCAGUACCAGCAGCUAGCCCAGAGGCUGAAAGGCUUGGACCGGGGCUGGGAGGAGCUCCACAAGAUGUGGGACAGCCGCAAGAACUUCCUGGACCAGGGCCUGGGCUUCCAGCAGUUCAUGAGGGAUGCCAAGGCCACAGAUACCAUCCUCAACAACCAGGAGUACACUUUGGCCCACAUCGACAAGCCGGACACUCUGGACGGAGCAGAGCAGGCCCUGAAGAAGCAUGAGGACUUUGUCAUCACCAUGGAUGCCAAUGAGGAGAAAAUCGCCAGCACCCUGGAGGGGGGACAGAGGCUGUUGGACAGCGGGAACCUGUACUCAGGGAGGGUCAAGGACAAAAUGGACUCCAUCAAAGACAGGGCCAACACUAACCGAGGGAGAGCCCAGGAAGUCUCCGAGAAACUCAGAGACAACCGAGAUCUCCAGCACUUCCUGCAGAACACUCAGGAUUUGACUCUGUGGAUCAACGAGAAGAUGCUGACCGCUCAGGACACGUCGUACGAUGAAGCCAGGAACCUCCACAGCAAGUGGCAGAAGCACCAGGCCUUCAUGGCUGAGCUGGACUCCAACAAGGACUGGCUCAACAACAUAGACCAGGAGGGCCAGGAGCUGAUGGAAUCCAAGCCCGAGUCUGAGCCCAUCGUGAGGCAGCGUCUGGAGACCCUGCACCAGCUGUGGGACAAGCUGGAGUCCACCACCCAGGAGAAGGCCCGUCUGCUGUUCGACGCCAACCGCUCGGAGCUGGUCGACCAGAGCCUGGCUGACAUGAAGAAGUGGCUGGCGGAGCAGCAGCAGCAGCUACGCGGCGACGACGACGUCAAAGACCUGACCAGCGCCAACAUCCUGCUGAAGAAGCACCAGAUGACGGAGAACCAGGUGCGAGAGCGGGCGCGCGAGCUGCAGGAGCUGCAAGAGGCCGUCCAGAAGCACGCAGGCCAGAGGGAGGACCAGCCCGACAUGGAGGCGGAGCAGCAGGCCGUCCAGCGGGAGUUCCAGAAGCUCCUGCCCCCCCUGGCCCAGCGCAAGGGCCAGCUGGAGGCCGCCAAGGCCGUCCACCAGUUCUACAGAGACCUGGCAGAUGAGAUCCUCUGGGUGGAGGAGAGGAUGCCCCUCGCUACAUCUGUGGAACAUGGCAACAAUCUCCAGGCCGUUCAGCUUCUGCUAAAAAAGAACCAGACCCUCCAGAGAGAGAUCGAGGGCCACCAGCCUCGCGUGGACGAGGUUCUGGAGCGAGGCCGCAGGAUGGAGGCGGCGGCGAGGGCGGAGGGGCGGCCGGAGGCGGGCAGUGUGGGGGAGCAGGUGAGGGAGCUGGAGGAGGCCUGGCAGCGUCUGCAGGAGGAGAUGGCCAAGCGGAGAGACAGGCUGAGCGGAUCGGACCAGGCCCAGCAGUACUACAACGACGCAGGCGAGGCCGAGGCCUGGAUAGGAGAGCAGGAGCUCUACAUGAUAUCUGACGAGAACGCCAAGGAUGAACAGAGUGCCAUGCUGAUGCUGAAGCGCCACCUGAUCCUCAAGCAGACCGUGGACGACUAUGGAGACUCUAUCCGGAGGCUGGCCGACCGCGCCCAGAAGAUGCUGGCUGAGGACCACCCAGAUGGUGAGAUGGUGAUCCGCCGGCAGGGCCAGGUGGAGAAGCAGUACGCAGGUCUGAGGGAGCAGGCGGAGGAGCGCAGGAGGAGGCUGGACCACAGCUACCAUCACUUCCUGCUCAGCAGGGAGGUGGAGGAGCUGGAGCAGUGGAUCGCUGAGAGAGAUCUGGUGGCCUCGUCCCAGGAGAUGGGCCAGGACCUGGACCAUGUCUCGAUCCUCAGGGACAAGUUCCGUGAGUUUGCGCGGGAGACGGGGAUGGUGGGCCAGGAGCGCGUGGACCUCGUCAACCAGACCAUCGACGAGCUGAUCGAGGCGGGCCACAGCGAGUCGGCCACCAUGGCCGAGUGGAAGGACAGCGUCAACGACAACUGGGCAGACCUGCUGGAGCUCAUGGACACACGGGCCCAGCUCCUCACCGCCUCCUACCAGCUGCUCAAGUACUUCUGUGACGGGAAGGAGCUGGUCGCUCAGAUCCACGAGAAGCAGAAGGAGCUUCCUGACGAUGUGGGCGAGGACUUCAGCAAGGCCGAGUCGUUCCACCGCAUGCACGCUGCCUUCGAGAGGGACAUCACCGCUCUGGGAAAGCAGGUUCAGCAGUUCCAGGAGACGGCGUCCCGCCUGCACGCCCAGUACGCGGGCGACCAGGCCACGGCCAUCCAGGCCACGGAGAGGGAGGUGGUGGAGGCCUGGAAGGGCCUGCUGGACGCCUGCGACGGCCGCAGGGCGCGCCUGCUGGACACGGCCGACAAGUUCCGCUUCUACACCCUGGUGCGGGACCUCACGGCCUGGAUGGAGAGCAUCAUCCAGCAGAUAGAGACCCAGGAGAAGCCCCGGGACGUGUCCUCAGUUGAGCUGCUGAUCAAGUAUCACCAGGGGAUCCGCUCAGAGAUCGACACCAGGGACCCCAAGUUCACCGACUGCGUGGACCUGGGCCGCGCCCUGAUCACCCGUAAACACAGGGACUCUGCUGAGAUCAGGGAAAAGCUUCUGCAGCUGAUGGACAAGAAGCAGGAGAUGAUGACCAAGUGGGACGACAGAUGGGACUGGCUCAGGCUCUUGCUGGAGGUGUGCCAGUUUGCGCGGGACGCGUCGGUGGCAGAGGCGUGGCUGAUUGCCCAGGAGCCCUACGUGGCGAGCAGAGACCUGGGCCACACGGUGGACGAGGUGGAGAAGCUCCUGAAGAGACACGAGGCCUUCGAGAAGUCCACCGCCACCUGGGAGGAACGCUUCUCAGCUCUGGAGAGACUCACCACCCUGGAGCUUCUGGAACUGAGGAAACAGCAGCAAGAGAUGCAGCAGUACAAACCAGAGAAGGAGCAGCACUCAGACAGAGACAGCAGGAGAGAAGACACAGGGUUUGUAGAGGACUCCUCCCAGGUGCACACCAUAGAGGAGCAGACCAUGUCUCGUUCGGCUGCGGGGCCAAGCUCGGGGCUGCUGGAGGGGCCGGGGGAGGGCUCCACGGCCCCUAUGGUGUCAGAGAUGCAAGGCAGCACCUCUCUGGAGAUGGAGCCCUCAGUGUCUGGGCAGACACCCAGGGAGGCAGAGCGCGCCACCACCCUGCCCGCCGAACCUCUCCGCGCCCAGGUCGUGCUGCAGGAGGGCAUGCUGGGAAGGAAACAUGACCUAGAGGCCUUUGGGAAAAAGGCCUCCAACCGGUCCUGGAACAACCUGUACUGCGCUCUGAAGCCAGGACAGAUCUCCUUCUACAAGGACGCCAAGAGCUUUAGUCACAGCGUGACCUUCCACGGAGAAGACCCCCUCCUCCUCAGCAACGCCGUCUGGGAGCCCCUCGCCAACUACAAGAAGAAGAAGCACGUCUUCAAACUGCAUCUGGCUGAUGGCAGUGAAUAUCUGUUCCAGUGCAAGGAUGAGGACGAGCUGCAGCGCUGGACCCAGGCCCUGGACAAGGCUGUUGGGGCCGAGGGGGAGCCAGUGGGGCCCUCGGGGGCUCGAGCCCAGACCCUGCCCCCUGCCUCCUCCACCACCACAACCCAGGAGCCCAGCUCAGGAAAGAAAGACAAGGAGAAAAGAUUUGGUCGCUUCGCCAAGAAGAAGUGAAAAAGUGGACAGACGACAGGUCAUAAUAGGGAUAUUUUCAUCACAACCUGGGCAGUGAGAGGAAUUGUGUACAAUCAGUAAUGUACAAUCAGUGAGAUAUAGCUUUUUAUCACAAUAGAGAUUUUUUUACUUUUUAUUUGUGAGAAUUCAGAUAUAAUGAAACAUUGUAGUUUAGAUUUGCCUGUAUUUAAGCAAGUGUGUCAUUGCAAUAGUCCACCUAAUAUUAUCAUUUUUUUUCUGUGUGUCCUUUUUUGACAAAAUUGCCAAGUUCCAAUAUUUAAAUAAAAGCACAGGAAUGCUCUUUUCACACUCAACCAAAGAAUGUUUGUAAAAUUCCUAAUUUACUUGACUAAAAUAGCUCAUCUUCGCUUCAGUCUGGCAUGCUUUGAUAUAUGUAUAACGUGUACUGGGACGUAGGACUAGUGGGCGUGCCAGUUAAUCUGCCUUAUUUCAUCAAAUGGUUGUGAACUGUAAUACUGUGCUGUAGGAUUUUGGAGCUCCAAACUCAAGACCACUUGAACCAGGUUAGUGGGUUUCAUGUUAGGUUUGCAUUUACAACAGUGAAUCAAUGUUUAACCUCGGCUGUGUGGCUGAUAGAUAGGGGAGUCUUGCACAGUGCUAGGCAGUGGAGCCACGUGAGCAGUCUUAGAUAGAGGAGUCUUGCACAGUGCUAGGCAGUGGAGCCAUGUGAGCAGUCUUAGAUAGGGGAGUCUUGGACAGUGCUAGGCAGUGGAGCCACGUGAGCAGUCUUAGAUAGAGGAGUCUUGGACAGUGCUAGGCAGUGGAGCCACGUGAGCAGUCUUAGAUAGAGGAGUCUUGGACAGUGCUAGGCAGUGGAGCACGUGAGCAGUCUUAGAUAGAGGAGUCUUGCACAGUGCUAGGCAGUGGAGCCACGUGAGCACAGUCGCGGCUAUGCUAAUUCAUCCAUCUAUGCACUUGGAGGGCAUGUCUUCCUGCAUGAUUGGGCAGGUGUGGACUGUUAAGACACUUCACAGAGAUGAGCAGGAGGAGUCAAUAUAAUCAACUAUAUUGACGCCCAAAACAGAUUAUAGUUUCAAGCACAGCUCUAAGUUUUAAGGAAAUUAGUAUUUAUUGCCUUUGGUUCAAACACAACACUUGUAUUAAACUGCAAAUUUCAUUUAUAUUGAUAUAGAUACAAAUGCAUGAAUUGUGACUUUUUUUUUCAACAUGGUGCUACAGAAAUAUUCUCACGCUUUUAAAACUAGACCAAUUUGAUAAGCCACAUUUUUUGUCCAGUCUGGCUGCAAGUACACACAUACGAUAGUGUAUUGCACGUAAUAAUUUCUUUAACUUUAUUUUUGUCCAACUUUUCCAAAUGCCUGCCAAAGUCCAGGACAAACUAGACAAAAUCUAGACGGCUUUUCCAAAUCCCACUGUAGCAACAUGUCUACUAGAAAUAUGCCUAGUACAGUAUGUCUACUGGGAACAUGCCCAACAGAAAAUAAUGUGUUUAAAUGAAUGUAAGGAGACAGGAGGUGACGUAUGCAGUGAUGAGGAUAUUCUGAAGUAUAGAUUUUAUUUCAAAUCACAGCUAUCUUUUAGUCACAUAUAAGUAGUGGAAUCAUUGAGAAUGUAGCUUUUAUUUUCAUCAUGUGAAGUAAAUACACCUACCCAUGCACUACAGAAUAUGAAAGUGUUUUUGUAACAUAGAUACCAGUAAGGAUCAUAAUUCAGCGUGGAACUGCUCAUUAGUCAUAGUUUAACGUUAACGGCGUAACCCCAGGGUCUUGUCCUGGUGUUAACCUAUCGCUGAAACGGUCACUGCAUCCUCCUUAAGGGGAAACUAUCAAUCCUUGUAGGGCGGCGUGACCCUUGCCCUUACUGUGGUGUCUCGGGUGGAGGCUGUGUAAAAGCAACUAGCACAGGGCUUAUUAAAAAAAAGAUCAAAUCCAUAAUCGUCCUAUGAUAGUAGAAAAGAACUGCCUUUAAAUAUGGCCUGUGAUACUUAUACUAUAAACAUAGCUUCAGCAUGAGUUUAACAGGAAUAUUGAGAUCUCAUACUUGCCAUCCUUAUUCAGAUACCGUUGUUAUACUCCGCUCACUUUCCUUCUCCUUCCAGCCAUUUCUGUUUAUAUCAGCAUUUUCUACGGAGCUAUGUACAAACAAAUGUUGACCGCAAAUGUCUCAUACAUUUUGAGAGAUAAACUUGGGAAUAAACUUAUGAAAAUAA